AUGGAGUCGACAAGUCUAGGCCUUCCGAGUCAGGAAAAUCUGCCAUCGCCGCUCUUGACCGAUGUCGACCGACCCGCCCCGGUCCCCAUCCCCAAGGCGAAAAUUGAGAGGACCGAUUCGGCCCAAUCCUCGAGCAAGGCCUCCCUGCUAUCACACCAGUCAGUGCCCGUCACCGGCACCUUUCCCCUCGGUACCCUCAGGGUCCACCAGGUCAUGGACUCCCCCAGGCUGCGGCAGCCAGAAGCCCGGCCGCAGGCCGACUUGUCUGAUAUGCCCCCGUUGGAGGACGCCCCCAGUGGAGGGGAUACAGCACCACUCGACGGGGACAUAUUCGUGAUCCUCGACCUGCCCCCGAACUCAACCGUGGGCUGCGACGCCAGGGCCAUCAACACCGGCGCCUCCGGCUUCAAGGGCAUCCGCGACAUCCCCCCGGGCCCUCACUUCGUCUGGGUCUCGGAGCCGAGCGUCCUGUCCCGCUGCGGAUACUGGUUCGUCGCGCAGGACGGGGGCCGGGUGCGCGUGAAGCAGUGGGACAAGUACAACGAGGUGCUCGCCGAGCCCGCGAGCAAGUUCGAGCUCCGCGACCACAGGGACAACGUGGCCAGCCUGUACCCGCAGCUCGUCUCCUUCAGACACGGGGGUGACCCGGCGGCGGCGCCGGCGGCUGGGGCAGGCAGCGACGACGAGACGGCGCAGCUGUGGCAUCAGUUGACUUCCGGCAUCAGCGAGGGGCUCCUCGAAAGGGUCACGGGGAGGAGGGCCGCCGGUGAGUGGCUGGUGGCCACCUCAGACACCGCGCAGGGCGAGGCCGGCUUCCCACAGACUACGACGCAGCUGUACAAGGCGGUCGUCGGGCCGAGGGAGCUCGAGUUCCUCUUCCCGGAGGGCGACGUCGACCUCACGGCGGCGGCGGGGAGCCACCACCACGACCACCAGGCGAGCACGGCCACAGAUGCGGACGCGGACACGAAUGCGGGCCCGCCAGACACGUCGGCCGAGAUCCUCCGCCUCGUCGACACGCCCGGCACCGGCGUCUCGGACUCGGACGUCACCGGCGAGCUGCAGCUGACCUUCCUGACGGGCUUGCACCUGUCGAACCUCUCGUGCGUCGACCAGUGGUGGCACCUCGUGCUCAAGGUGGUUCUGCGCGCGCACCGCCUCGCCCUGCUGCGCCCGCGCCUCGCCGCCGCGCUUGUCCGCACCCUCCACGCGCAGAUGGUCUACGACGAGAGGUACAUCGCUGGCGCCGACGACCCCAAGGACGAGGGCACGACCAUCCUGGAUAUCGUCCCGGGCAACAAGCGCAAGCUCCGCCGCGCGCUGGCGCUCUACCGGCGCAGGCUGGACGAGCUGCUGCUGGACCUGCCGCGGGACAGGGCCACGGCCGAGCAGGGGGCGGUGGGCAAGGCGUUUGGGGAGUUGGAGGCCUGGUUCUGGAAGUUUGGGUGGGACCUGAGGACGGGCGGUGGUGGGGAGGAGGAGAGUAAUGGGGCUGGUGGGCAAGGAGGCAAUGUCGGCCGACAUGACGAUGAUGAUGAUCACGACGAUGAUGAUUACAAGCCUGUUAUUGUUGAUUUGGACGCUGAUGGGCGAGAGGUUGGGCUGAUCUCGUUCAGCUGA